GAAGAGGAUCAUGAGCCAUUUUUAGGAUACUGGGGCUAUACAAUUUACAGAACAUAUUAUGGGCCUGGAUCUGAUGAACAGUGGUCAAAGUUGCUGGAGAAUAUCACCGACGGAGUCAAGAAAGGCCUCUUCAAUAUCGACGAGGCGGAAAAAGAUCUUGAGGCUGUCACGAAAGCACAGGCUCGAUUUCGGCUCGACACGCGUUCAGCUCCCGCUACCUUAGACGGACGGACACUGGAAGAUAUCCAGCAGGUCUACUUAGAAGGGAGUGGGGGCCAGCCGAUGAGGGGGACGCAAUUCAAUAAUUGGAAUACUGCUAUAUUUCUACUAGCCGACUCUCAAGUGCUAAAGGAUCCUGACCUACGAGUGAUAAAGAUUGUGGACGCGAAUCACGACCCCGUUGCCGAUAUACCAAAGAAUACCCGGUGUGGCCCCCAGAGUAACUUCGGAUGGAUAACCAUGCCAACAAGAGCCUUUGUAGACUCUUACAUCAGGAUGGACACAUUUACGUUUGAGCACAUCAUCAAUCACGCAGGCGGUGGGCCGGGAGUUCUUUGGGAUCCAGAUGUACACUACUGA